AUGGCCGUCGCGCUCGACGUCGACGAUCUAAUCUGCCGCGUGCUGAACGUGGGCACACCAGGCUGCGCGUUGACGCAAAACGUCAAGGAGAUCGAGCUCGUCCAACUGUGCAUUUUGGCAAGGGAAGUCCUCCUCGCCCAGGGCUCACUCGUUGAAAUCGAGCCGAACGUGAAGAUCUGCGGCGACGUGCACGGGCAGUACUCGGACGUGUUGCGCAUCUUCGACAAGGGCGGCUUCCCGCCGACCGCGAACUACCUGUUCCUUGGCGAUUACGUGCGCUUCCCCGGCAACUUCUUCAUACUACGCGGCAACCACGAGUGCGCGAGCAUCAACCGCGUCUACGGCUUCUACGAGGAGUGCACCCGACGGGUUUCAAAGGCGAGCCAACGCGGCGUGUCCUUCGUGUUCGGGCCGGAUGUGAUGGGGGAGAUGCUGCAGGCGCUCGACAUUGACCUCGUCGCCCGGGCCCACCAGGUCGUCCAGGACGGCUACGAGUUUUUCGCCAACCGCAAGCUGGUGACCCUGUUUGCGUCGCCGCAUUACUGUGGUCAGUUCGACAACGCGGCGGCGAUCAUGAACGUCGACGAGAAGCUCGUCUGCUCUUUUCAAGUGCUGACCCCGUCGUACAAAGUGGUGAAGGAUCGGCAACGGAAGUGCACA